GGUCUCCAGGGCGACGCGCGUGGGGCUGGCGCUGAUUGGUGGCGGCGCGUCACGUGGGCGGAAGCGGCGGGGCGGGGCGGGCGGCGGAGUGCAGCAUGGACUCGCGGCCGCUGUUCCAGGCGCUGGCAGCGCUGGCGGAUGACAACGCCACCUUCUUCCAGCAGCGUGGGGGCGCGGGCGGGCGGCGCUUGGCCGACGCCUUCACGGCUCUGCGAGACCAUGCGGCGCGGCUGGAGCCGGCGCUGCGGCAUGUGGCACGGCUCUGCCACCUCUUUGACCUGGACGAGGCAACGCCAGGCAACGGCUACCGCAGCCUGGUGCAAACGGCCCGCUGCUGCCUGGCGCAUGCCCUGCACAAGAGCCGCUGCGUGGCUGCACAGCGCCGCAGCCUCUUCUUCCGCGCCGCGCACAACGCAGCGGAGCUGGAGGCGUAUGGCGCGGCACUGGCACAGCUUCGCGCCCUGCUCGGCCUGGCCCAGCGCCUGCUGGCGGCAAACCGGCCCGGCUGCCUCUUCCCGCCCGAGGGCGACGGGCUGGCGCAGCUGGUGCUGCGCGAAUACAGCACCAUGCACAAUGCCUGCUUCUACGGCCGCUGCCUCGGCUUCCAGUUCGCCCCCUCCAUCCGCCCCCUCCUGCAGACCAUCGCCAUUGGCCUCGUCUCCUAUGGGGAGAGCUACCGGCGCAACGAGACAGGGCUGGGGGGGGCGGCUGGGUCGCUGUUCACCAGUGGGAAGUUCGCACUGGACCCCGAGCUGCGGGGGGCCGAGUUUGAGCGGGUGACGCAGAACCUGGAUGUGCAGUUCUGGAAGCGCUUCUGGAACCUGACCGAGAGCGAGCUGCUGGCGUCGGUGGCCAGCAUGGCGGCGGCGCAGGUGGGGGUGUGCCCGCUGACUGUGCCCCCUGAGCCGCUGGAGCUGCCGCUGGAGGCGGACCAGGUCACGGUCACCAUCGCCCCCCCCGUGGCACACACGGGGCCCGGGCCCGUGCACAUGAGACUGCUGUCGUACCAGCUGCGUGAGGGGCAGGACAGUCCAGCUCUCACCGCCCUGACCCGCGCCGAGGGGUCACUGGGACCCUUACGCUGGUGGCGGGGGCCCCCCCUGCCCCCCUCCCCCGCCCUGCUGGUGCAUUUCCAUGGGGGGGGGUUUGUGGCACAGACCUCGCGCUCGCACGAGCCUUACCUGCGGGGGUGGGCGCGCGAUCUGGGGGUCCCCAUCCUCUCGGUGGACUACGCCCUGGCCCCCGAAGCCCCCUUCCCCCGGGCGCUGGAGGAAUGCUUCUAUGCCUACUGCUCCCUGCGCCACUGUCACCUGCUGGGCUCGACGGCGCAGCGCGUGUGCCUGGCGGGGGACAGCGCGGGGGGAAACCUGUGCCUGGCGGUGGCGCUGCGGGCGGGGGCGGUGGGCGUGCGCCCCCCCCAGGGGCUGGUGGUGGCCUACCCGGUGACACUGGUGCAGGCCGCCCCCUCCCCAUCGCGCCUGCUGUCGCUGCUGGACCCGCUGCUGCCGCUCAGUGUCCUCUGUGCCUGCCUGGGUGCCUACGCAGGGACGGAGGAGGAGGAGGAGGAGGAGAAGGAGGAGGAGGGGGAAGGGAAGACCGCCCCUCCCCCCCCGGCGCCCCUGAGCCCCCUGCGGCUGCUGCGGGACCUGCGGCAGGGGGCGGCCGCCUGGCUAGGGGGGCUCCUGCAGGGCCCCCCGCCCCGGCCCGAGCCGGCGCUGACGGCAGAGGGGCGCAAGGGAGGAGCAGCCCCCGGACAACCCCCCCCCGGAGGGCAAGGGACCCCCCCGAGGCGGGGGAGGGGGGCGCAGGAGGACCCGGACACGUUCCAGCCGUUGCGCAGCCGUGGCCCCCCCGCCCGCUUCCUGCAGCGCCCCUCCCCCCUGGCGCGCAACCCCCUGGUGUCCCCCCUGCUGGCCCCCGACCCCUUGCUGUGCACCCUGCCCCCCCUGCACCUCGUGGCCUGCGCGCUGGACCCGAUGCUGGACGACUCGGUGGCGCUGGCACGGCGGCUGCGGGGGCUGGGGCGGCCAGUGACACUGCGGGUGGUCCCCGACCUCCCCCACGGCUUCCUCAGCCUGGGACCCCUCAGCGCCGAGACGCGACGCGCCACCGCGCUCUGCACGCGCCUCAUCCGCAGCGUGCUGGCCCCCCCCGAGCCCCCCCGCCGGGGGUCGCUGCUGGUGGGGGCACGCCGGGACAGCCUGGCCCCCCUGGACCCCUCCCGCCGGGGGUCCGUGAUGUUGGGGUUACGUAAGGACAGCCUGACCCCCUUGGAGACCACUCGCCGGGGGUCCAUGAUGUUGGGGUCACGUAAGGACAGCCUGACCCCCCUGGAGACCCCUCGCCGGGGCUCAGUGAUGUUGGGGUCCCGCCGCGACAGCCUGAUCCCCUCAGAGACCCCUCGCCGGGACAGCCUGACCCCCCUGGACUCCUCCCGCCGGGGUCAGUGAUGUUGGGGUUCCGCCGGGACAGCCUGGCCACCUCAGAGACCCCCAGGCGAGGGUCGAUGCUGGUGGGGUCACCUAAGGACAGCCUGGCCCCCUCUGAGACCCCCCAGCAGCAGUCAGUGCUGGUGGGGUCACCUAAGGACAGCCUGGCCCCCCCAGGAUCCCCCCCAGCAGGGGUCGGUGCUGGUGGGGUCACCUAAGGACAGCCUGGCCCCCCAGGAUCCCCCCCAGCAGGGGUCGGUGAUGCUGGGGUCACCUAAGGACAGCCUGGAUCCACAGGACCCCCCCGACCAGGGGUCUAUGCUGGUGGGGUCACAUGAGGACAGCCUGGUCGCCCCUGAGACCCCCCGUCGGGGGUCGAUGGUGUCAGGGUCACACGAGGACACCUCUGCAACCCAUGGUGGGGGGAUCGCAGCGACCCCCGGCACUGCUGAGGCCCGACCCCCCCAUCAGGGGUCUCCCCCCAGCUAGUGCGCCCCCCCAUGGCGCCCUGGCGCAGCCCCCCCCAUGCUGCGGGACGCCAGCAGAGGCGGGGGGGGCUACCCUACCCGGGCAGGGGUUCAGCGGGGUCCCACCUGUCGCACGCCGCCCCAGCGGCCCUGCGGGGCGCGAGGUGGGGUCCUGACACCUACCACCCACCAUGGGGGGGGGGUCCCCAUGGCGGGUGGGGGUGCCCAAACCACAGCGUGUUCCCCCUCUUGCCUCCCCGAUUUCAGGAUCACACAGUGGGCAGGGAAGGGCAAACACUGUUUAUUAACACGGGGGGGGGGGGGGGGGGGGGGGGGGGGGGCACAAAACAGGGUGUGACGGGUACCCCUCCCCCAACACUGGAGUGAACACCUCCC